UUCUUUUUUAUCUUCAUAUUAAGAAUGAAUCGCAGAAGAAACCAAUUGUCUAUGGGUCAAAAAUCGCCUUUGUACACGUUUCUACUAGAAAAUAUUUGUCUACUAAAGGAAUCAAAUAUGAUUUGGGGCCCAAUAAUGAGCAAUAUAUGGUUAUUUGUAGUGGUCAAGAAAUAAAUUUGGAAAAUGAUGUUUGGACUGUAAUUGGAGCUAGUGGUAAAAAUAUAAAUGAAGGGGAUCUUAUAUCUCUUAAUAAUAUUAUUAGUUUUAAACAUCAAGCAACAGGUUGUUAUUUAAAUUCUCAUGAUACUAGUUAUGAGAGAGUUACACCAAUAUCACAACAACAACAAGUGACCUUGUGUUCAGAUAGAGGUAGUGAUGAUGAUUGGCUUGUUCGACGUUAUAAUUCAACCACUUCAUAUGAUACCGGUCAUUUGAUGAGUGGUGAUAUUAUUGGUCUUUUUCAUAUUAGUACUAAUAAACAAGCACUUUACAGUCAUUCCGUUUUAUUAGGUGAUAGAUCUCAAGAAGUUUCUUGUUAUGGAGAUGGAAGUGAAAAAAAUAAUAGGUGGCGUAUUGAAUUAAUUAACUGAGUACGAAUUUGUGGAAGUUAGUUAUAAUGUAUUGUUAUUAAGCAAAAUAGUAUCCAUUACUUAAAAUCGAAAUACUAAAUUCAAUAUUUUUUAUAUAAUUAAGAACAAUAUUUAUAUAAUUAAUUGAUUUCGAAUUAAAAGUUUUUUUAUGCACGUGAAAUACCUAUGAAAUGACAUAACGUACAGUUUUCUCUAUCAUUUUUUGGGUAGUAUUAAGUAAAUAGGAUUA